GAACGUAUUCUGUUAGAAAUUAGAGACGGAAACAAGUACCUACAGAUUUCAAGCAGACCCGACGAGGAGGACGCGAGUAAUGUAAAGGCUGAGACUGGGAGACGACACAGAAGUCUGUCAACGUCCGGACAUGUGACACGUCAACGUUGCGUAGGGACGAACUUGAAUGUAGGCUGCAUGUAGUUUAGCUAGCAAGCUAAGUACUGUUAGCUGUUGUUGAGAAGAUGUCUAAGCAGCAUCGCUCCGCAUCCUCCACUGAGGAGGGAAGAGUCCGCAGGAGGAUCUGUGUUUUCGACCGCCGCUGCGAUAAUAAGGAGACUACUGGAAAAUGGCUGGAAACAAGUGGUCUGGACUUCAACGACUUUCUUCAUGUUCUGCAACAGGCAAUAAAUUUGCAAUGCGUUCACGUGAAAGGUUUGUGUUGGCCACGACAGACAGGACGGUCCUGGAUUUUGACAAAUUUGGGGAGCUUCAGGAUGGCAGCACCGUGGUCUUGCUGCAACGCGAGGACCAAGCCCUGUCAGUGGCGACGACGGAGAACAUCAACUUUGUGCCUCAUUAUGAUACGUUGAUCCAGGGUGGCAUGUAUGAGUAUUACGCUAGUGAGGGCCGGAACUCGUUGCCAUACGCACUUGCUGAGCUGAUCGACAACUCUCUAUCGGCCACAGCUAAAAACACAGGAAUGAGGACAAUAGAGAUACGAUUGCUGUUUGAUGAAACCCUCGGGAAGCCUGCAGUGAUUGUUUUAGAUAAUGGGUGCGGGAUGACCCCUAAGCAGCUGAAAAACUGGGCAGUGUACAGACUCUCUAAAUUUUCCAGGAAAGGAAGUGAGCAAGAGGAAUACAUUCGGCCUGAGCCUGUGCCUCGUAGUCUCAACAGUGACAUAUCCUACUUUGGUGUUGGAGGAAAACAGGCUGUUUUCUACAUAGGAGACUCAACCAGGAUGAUCAGUAAAUCAGUUGGCACCCCAGAUGUCCACGAGCUGGUUCUGUCAAAAGAGGACUUUGUGAGAAAAGAGCAGAACAAAGAGGAUGUUUUCACCGGGACAAUCAGAAACAGGAAGCCCGGUGACUCUUCACAUGUGAAUAAAGAUGAUGAGCGCUUCCUCCAUGCCGUCAUCGCUGAGGAGUCUGGGAAGGAAAGCUUCACAGCUGUGGUCAUCACGGGAGUCCUGCAGGAGCAUAUCACCUUUCUCAAACAGGAUUUCGAAGAGUGGACCAGACAGCUAGCUCAAAUAUAUCACUAUUACAUUCAUGGAGCCAAUGGAAAUGAUAUAAACUGCAGCUCAACAAACUCCCACCAUCUCCCUAAAAUUGACAUUCAGAUCACCUUGCGGGAAAAGCCUCCGAGAUGUCCCCGUGCUAUGAAUCUUAGGGAGGUUGAGGACGACAUGCAGACUCUGUAUAUAAGUAAUGCUGCAGACACGUUUGAGUUUAACGCCGAGCAAGACGGCGGCACAGUGGAGGGAGUCAUUCGGUAUCAUCCCUUUCUCUAUGACAAGGAGACCUACCCUAAAGACCCCUCUGCUAUGCAAGCCUCCCAUGAUGAUGAUGACGAUGAUGAUUGCGAAAUCAGCGGUGAGGCAAGAGGGAAAAGGUCGAUAUUUGACUGUUUCUGGAAUGGACGGCUCAUACCCUACACCACAGUGUCUGAGUUUGACUGGUGUGCCCGGCCCAGUAGAGAUGCAGUGGUGCCUGCAGAGUGUUACAGUCGGUUUUCCGGGGUUCUUUUCACUGACGACAGAUUCAAGGUCAGCACGAACAAGCUCACUUUCAUGGACCUGGAGCUGAAACUGAAGAACAAGGACACUAUCUUCACGCGCAUUGCCAAUGGACAGUGUCCACAGGAAAAGAACAGUUCUGAAGUUACCUCCCUGCCUGAUCAAGUGAGCAAGUCUGUAACAGGGAGCAAAGGUCAGGCAAAGAGUACAAGUCUACAGCUACAUCCUUCCCCAAUCAAGAAACAAAGAACGAACAUUCAGAAGGAAUUUACACAGUGGCUAAAAAACUGUCAUGCGAAGUAUGAUAAGCAAGUUAAGUUCCUGGGUUACGAGGGGACCAUAACACGAACAGAUGUGCCAACUAAGAAGAUGCAGGAGCCCUGGGCGACCUUCUCCUCCAUCGAAUGGGAUGGGAAAAUAUACAGAAAGGGCCAACUUGUGAAGUCUCGGAAAACGCACCCCCUUCUGUAUGGUAGCGUGGUUCGUUUUUUGCUGUAUGGAGAUUUUGACAGAGAUGUUUUUGCCUCAGGAGGACAGGUUGAAGUGGCUCUGGAACCCAGAGCACUUCACGACAAGACCAAGACCAUAGCCAUUUCCAAGAUAGACAAGACUGCCACUGAUGAAGCCAUCAAGAAAUACAUCGACAAUGAAUCCCUCAAGCUUCCGGAGAAACUGAAGGUGGACUGGCCAGAGGGUCACCCCUGGCCGCAGAAUGCUGUUCGUCCAGCUGGGACUCCGUUAGGGCCAAUCAAAGUCGAAAUUGUGAACAAGAAAGGAGAGUCGUUAUCAAGGAUGCCAUUAGGGGACCGGGGAACAGUGAAAAAACUGACUAUUGUGCUCAAAGUCAUCAAGCACGGUCCUGAAGGAGAUCAAGAGGUUGUCAAUUUAACUGGCCAACAUUCAUCAAAGUGGGCUUUCUGGUUCAAAAAAAUUGAGGUACUGACCCAACUGGGGAAGUUUACACUGUUUCUGAACACUGUGAUACAUGAAAGCGACGCGACUGUCUUUGGAGGCAAAAAGCUUCCAAGCUUUGAACUCAUGUUCACCAUCAAAGAGGGUAGUGCUGAGAGUUUUCUUAUCGGUGCAGUGAGCCCUACUCUUCAUGUAGGAGUGCCGUUCAACAUCCCUCUGUUGAUAAAAGAUGGUUAUGAUCACUCAGUGACCCCUCCUCCCAAUCUCAUGCCAGUACUGGAAUGCAGUGGCCUGGAUCUGAGUUAUGAGAAAGUGGACUGCAGUGGGACCAUGUUCACCAUCAGAAGUGUCAAAGCAAGAGGAAAAGUCCAGAAUUACCAACAAUCAAAGACAUAUGACCUGAAUGUGACCCUGCCCGGCCUGAAAAAAGACACACAGACUCUCAUGAUCAGUCUUCUUCCUGGUCAUCCACAUUCCCUCCGUGUGAUGCCAGAAGACAACCCAAUCGUAGUAGAGAAUGGAAACCCUGCCAGGUUUAAUGUUGAAAUUCACGAUGAGGCUGGAAACAUCACCGCUCACCCCAAACAGACUGUUCGCUGCAAGGUUCAGGGGCUUGAACCGGUGUCAACUGACUGCAGCAGCACAGGAGCAGGACAGCUUGUGACGCAGCCUGUAAACCUGAAAAUAAUCAAGGGAGAGCCACAAAAGCUUAAAGUUCAAUUUGAGAUUCUUAGUCAGAAGAACAUUGCGAUGGUCGCGAGGGAGCUGAAGGUGGUUCCCAGCACGAGAGUCUCCUGGAUGGAGCUCUGCAGUGAGGAUGAUGAGAAUCUGGUGCUCAGGAACAACGAAAAGAUAGAAUGGCUUGCUGGAGGCGUGCUGGAGAACCUGUUCUAUAGGCUGUAUGAUGAGGCCGGCAGAGAGGUACCUCUCACUGCUGAAAUAGCCUCCAGCAUCAAGGUGAACUGGAGGACUACAGGAGAUUUAAGUCUUGAAGACUUGGUCAAAGGGAAGCUGCCUGAUGUACAGGUUCCCACGCAGGUGCACGAAGAGCGCUUCUACCAGGUGUCCUACCAAAACCAGAGUGUGUCUGUCUCCUUUAACAUAGUGCCUCGUCCAGAUGAACCAACACGGCUCAAAGCAACUCUUUCCCAAAGCACAGUGAAGCUGGGUGAAACCCUACCUGGAAAAAUCAUCUUGGAGCUUGUGGACCAGUACGACAAUGUAACCAAGACGCUUACCUCCACCUGUGUGAACCACAUGACUGUGGAAGCGGAGGGUCUGGACAAAUCAGCCAUCGGCUUUGUGUGGCAGGAGAGCAGCCGUUCUGUUCUGGUAACGGGGGUGCAGUUCCAGUCUGGGACACCUGGCUUCAGAGAGGUGUGCUUCACCUACAGGAGCUUUGUAGCACGCGUCAAAGUUAAAGUGACCGCUGGAGCCCCUGCACAGCUUAAACUAGUCAGUGAGCCGGAGAAGCCUUUGCAGGUGUUGAAUGACCGCGGCAUCGCCACACCGUUCCUCAUCCAACUGUGUGACAAGUGGGGAAACCUCUCUCCAGACCAGAGGGUUGUUGUGGAAUUGACGUCUUCACCUGCAACUCUGAAGGUGACGACAGCUUAUAUUUCUAAACCUGUGAACACAGAAGGGAAAGCCUCUUUCACUGUUAAUAGUGUGAGCGGACCAAAGGGGUACUAUCAGCUGAUGUUUAAAGGUUCCUUCAACAAUAAACCCAUCCCUGGUCCAUCAGUGAAUCUCACCGUCAUCCCUGAUCCAAACAAACCGGUCAGCCUGUCAGUGGAGUAUGAUGACAAAGCCAAGUUACCUGCCGGAGGCAAAUUCCCAGUGUUCUUGGUGACCGUGCUGUCUGAUGAAGGAAGCGCAAUGAAGAAUUUUAACCCUGCUGCGGCGGCCAUGUUGCUUUGGAAAGGAGUGCCAUCAGGAACAAUUCCUCCACAGACGGCCAUUGAGCUGAAGUGUAGUAAACCAUUGGAGAAUGAAAAGAAAGACUGUUUUCACUUCAGAGAUAAAGAGAUCCCAGAACACGUUGGAAAGUACAGCAUCCAAUUUUCUCUACGUAUAGACAAGAAAUUCCUGUUCAGUGAUCAGAUUACUGUAAAUGUGGUGGCCAAUCAACCUGUCAAAGUGGGACCUGAAUCACAGCCACCAACCCCAGUUGUUUCCUACAGUAAGGCCAUCGGCAAUAGAACCUUGGUGGAGAAUAUGACUCUGAGGAUAAUGGAUUCAUAUGGAAACCCAGCCGGACAGGACCUGGACGGAAAGGUGGUCGUUUCUAUAAUGCACUCUAGUGGAGACAGCAGCAACACCCUCCCUCUGUUUGAAGGCAAAGCCAAAGGCUUUCAGUUUGGCUUGGAAGAAGGAAAGGUCCACAUCAAUCGGCUGGCUAUCAUGGAGAACAGCCCGGGUGAGAACGGCAGUUCAUACGUCCUCCUCUUCAAACCGGAAGUGCCGAUGGUUUCCACGCCCCUGGCUCCUUUUGAGCUCCCCUUUCAUUUUUACAAUGAUGCAGAGAACCAACGUAAAAUAUCGGAGUGGUCCAGGAAGAAAGAUGAGCUCACUGAUGCUGUGACUAAAUAUAAAGAAACCUUCAAUUCAUAUAGUGAACUCCUUACUUUGCUGACCAAGCAACACCUGGAUUAUAAAACAAAAGAGGCUAUGCACAGAAGAGAGCUAAACAAGAGGAAUGUGAAAAUACCACAAACUGUUUCUAUCCCAGAUAUUGACAGACUUCUAACCGAGAAGACCGCUGAAGCCGGCAUGCUCCUGAAUGUGCCCAGAAGAGUCUGCUCCAUCCGUGAUCACUUCAGGGGGCAGCCGGAUGUUCUGGGAAUGGUUGGCCACCUGGCCUAUGUGGAGGACGAUGCCGCUGCGACGGUGAUCUCCUGGCAUAUCCGCGGUGACAUGGAUUGCGUCAUCACCACAACGACAGCAGCAGCACGGAGGAUCUUUGAUAACACACAAGGCAGGCAGCAGGUCAUGGCCCUUGACAGUGUGUAUGUGCCACCGGGCAACAGACCGCUGCCACACAUAAGAAAUGGCCACAUGCUCUUUGACCCCCCUGGGAACCCAGUCUACGCCAGACAGCUGCUGAUUUACACCGAACACCUCGAGAGCUGUGAAAUUGUGUUUAAAAACAUCCUUGGUGAUACUAUUCUCAUUGAUGACCUGGACUCUGCAAACAACUACAGAAGGGCGGUGGUGCAGAAUAAGAUGCAGUGUCCCACCAUCCUGACCAAGCAGGGGGACAGGAUCAGUUCCAGGGGGAAGUUCGGAGGCACACAGAACAAAUGCCCACCUAUGAACACAUUACAAGUGUUUGGAGCCCCCCUCCCACAUCAAUACUACACUCUUCAGGAAGAAAUAGACUUGAUCACUCAGUACCGGUCAGUUCUGGAUAAGACGGUUGAGGCAGCAAUACACCGUGACGAUCACUUAAAAGCCAUGAAGUCUCCUAACAUGUUGAAAAAGCAACAGGAAAUGGAGGAGAAAAUGAAACGACUGAAAGAGAUUGAGAGACAGCUUGAGUCAGCCUCAGUAAGACCAGGGAAGCGGGGUCCUGAUGCCGGUGAGCCAUCCGGCAUCAUUCCAAAGAGAGGAAGACAGAGAUCCACAUAAGAGGUGGACUAGUCCAACUUGAUUACCUUCUUGGGUAAUUUUAUUUUAUUUUGGAGUUGGUUAUGUUUUUGAAAUUCAUCUUUAUUUGUACAGAUGUGUUGUCUUAUAUGUGUUAAUACUUUUGUAAUAAUUUGCUUAUGACAACGUUAUGUACACGCAUGAUAUAUCUCAAAUAAUGUCUGGAUUCUUUAUAUAAGAAAAUACAUAUUUACCAAAAUCUC